ACGCGUUUCUUUUGGAUGAUGGUAUAUGAUAGUUGUCACGUGGUAUUUCCCAAGACUCUCUUAGUGUGCUCUUAUUUUGUAUUUGCUCUUGUUUCUAAUUGUGCUGAAGCUGGAUUUUUUCGUAACAAUUUCCUCAAUCCUUCGUCUAAUUCGCAUUUAAUCGAAAAAAAUGCUUUUCUUUCGAAAAUUAAGGAAAUGUUCUAUUUUGGCUACGAAAAUUACAUGAAACACGCUUACCCGGAGGACGAGCUUAACCCAACAUUUUGUAGAGGAAGAGGUCACGAUUUCUCAGACCGCAACAAUAUCAAUAUUAAUGAUGUGUUGGGCGAUUAUCAAUUAACUCUGGUCGACAACCUGGAUACCCUUGCUAUUCUAGGAAAUGUUUCUGAGUUUAGGAAAGCUGUAAAUUUAAUUAUUAAUAGUCUUUCUUUCUGUAAAGAUACAAUCAUACAGAUCUUUGAGGGCACAAUUAGGUAUGCUUCUUAUGACCUUACUUUUAGGGUUCUAGGAGGAUUAAUUUCUGCUCAUUUAUUAAUUACCGAUUCUAGAAAUCGUUUCGGCCUUUUAAGACCUCAUAAUUAUUCGAAUGAACUUUUGACCCUAGCCCAUGAUUUGGCAAAUCGGAUGAUGGCUGCGUUUGAAUCACCAACAAGCAUUCCAUUCCCUCGAAUCCACCUUGGGAAUGGUCGUAUUGCGGGACCAAGCAACGAAACAUGCUUGGCAGGGGCUGGUUCUCUUCUCCUCGAAUUUGGCACUCUAAGUUUGCUCCUGAAUGAUUCUACAUAUGCAGUGGUUGCCAAGCGUUCAGUGGAAGCUUUGUGGAGCAGACGAUCUAAGGUUACCGGCUUGCUGGGUAAAUUGUUACUUAUUGGAAUGCGCACUAAGCCUGCUGUUCCUUCUGAAUUUGAGUUAGAAACGUGA